AUGCAAGGGGUCGCUGCGACCCCGACGAGCAGGAACAGUCAACUGAAUAAUAACGACUUGGUUGUUGUAAAACGUCAGUACCCACUGAUAAGUCUUGGAAUAUUGAUUUUGGAGUGCGGCACAGUCUCGAAAACAGGCCAAUUGUCAAGUGCCGCAGCUAGCUCCGUGGAAAAGAAGCAAGGAGAACAGGAAACAGUAAUCGAGAGUCAGUAUCAGCCGUUUGACUUGCCU